AUGGAUAGGACUCUUACGCCUUUGGCUGCCUCUGAUCCACUGAGAAGAUCUAUUGCUGAGCCGCACGAGGUUUCAUUCUUCAAAUGGAUUGUGGAUGCCUUUAUCGUGACCAUCAGUGAUGGUGCGAUGGGGAAAGUAUGUUUAGAUAUGUUUCCAGAGGUGGUGGACAACAUGUUUCUCCUUCAGACGAAUAUAUACGCCAUCUUUACGAGACGUCCUAGGAUUCUUGCCCCGAAAGCUUACGCUGCCUAUGAGAUUCGCUCGGCAGCUGUUUCAGAGGAAGAGUUGGCAAAGAUGUUUGUUUGGAUUUAUUGGGGCAUGCUCGACAAUCCAUCCACUGUUGCAUUUUGGCUCUUGUGCAGACUUCUUCAUAAUCCUGGUCUGCUAUCAGUGAUACGGGAAGAAUGUGAAGAGUCAUUCUUGAGAAACAGCCCCAUUACGCCGGCCGACAUCCCAGCACGGCUUGAGUGCUGUCCAAUCCUCAAGGCCACAUUUGAGGAAACCAUGCGCAUCCACUCCGGUCCACACAUAUUUCGCCAUGUUUCUGAAGAUACAGAAAUUGGUCCCUAUCUCCUAAAGAAGGGUUCUACUCUUCUCAUCCCUUAUGACCGCCUCCAAAUGAGUAAAUCCCAUUGGGGUCUUGAUGCGGAGGAGUUCAAAUAUCAACGCUUCCUUGACAAUCCGGGACUAGCAAAUUCAAGGUAUUACCGACCCUUUAGUGAUGGAAUCCAUCAAUGCGGUGGCGUGGCAAUGGCACCGCAACUUGUGAUGUACUUUGUUGCUAUUGUUUUGUGCCGCUAUGACGUGGACGUACUUGGCGGGAUUGGAAAGCACCCAUUUCCUAGAAUGGAUACUUCGAGAGGAAGGGCGACGGUACCAAUGCCCGUGGCUGAUGAUAUGUUUCGCGUAACUAUUACACCACGCAAAAGCACAAUUUGA